AAACGUUUCAUUGUUUUAUAUCUACAGACAAGAGACGAAUUUGUGAAACUAAUGACUGGACUCAAGGUCCCUGCAUGGACACAGCCGGCCAACUUCAGUAUCGAUGAAGACAUUGGUCUUGAUGGACUUCCUAAAGCUAUUGAUUAUCGAAAGAAAGGCUACGUCACUCCAAUCAGAAACCAGGGUAGCUGUGGUUCGUGCUGGGCUUUCAGUUCUGUAGGGUCUCUCGAGGGGCAAUUGAUGAAAAAAACAGGAAAACUAGUGGAGCUCAGUCCUCAGAACCUGGUGGACUGUGUUAAAAAGAAUGAUGGGUGUGGAGGAGGAUACAUGACCAACGCAUUUGAGUAUGUCAAGGACAAUAACGGCAUUGACUCUGAGGAAGCGUAUCCAUACAUUGGAGAGGAUGCUUACCCCAACUACGAGCCAUUGGACUUCAUAGCGCACGUAAUGAAUUGUACAGUUACUAUCGAUGAUUUGGAUGCAGCGACAAAGAAUGGAAACCCAACUAUCAUUCGGCUAUAUCCCAUUUUCAUUUAA